AUGACUUUCUCUACUCUUUCGUUCGCUCUCGCAGCUCUUGGGCUCGCAACCGCCGCCUCCGCACAGAUUGGACCCAUUACAGAUCUAGAUAUAAUCAACGCAGAGGUCAACCUCGAUGGUUUCCCGCGACAGGCCGUGCUCGCUGGUGGAACGUUCCCUGGGCCCACUAUCAGUGGAAACAAGGGGGACAACUUCCAAAUCAACGUCCACAAUUCCCUCACUAAUGAGACCAUGGACAAGACCACUACUAUUCAUUGGCAUGGCAUAUUCCAACACCACACUAAUUGGGCAGACGGACCAGCAUUCGUGACUCAGUGUCCGAUUGCCUCCGGUAAUUCCUUCCUGUACGACUUCGAUGUCCCUGAUCAAGCCGGUACAUUCUGGUACCAUAGUCACUUGGGGACCCAAUAUUGCGAUGGCCUUCGCGGACCGUUUGUCGUGUACGAUCCGGAGGACCCUCACAAAGACUUGUACGAUGUAGAUGAUGAAACUACCAUCAUAACGCUUGCAGAUUGGUACCACGAGGCUGCCGCCCUGAUCACCCCGCCAGCGGACCCCGAUUCCGUCCUCAUCAAUGGUCGUGGUCGUCAGGCGAAUGACACGAUCCCGCCACUGACUGUCAUCAACGUCGAGCACGGCAAACGCAGGUACCGCAUCCGUCUCAUCUCCAUUUCGUGUGACCCGUACUUCAACUUCACCAUCGACGGCCACAAUUUCACCAUCAUUGAGGCCGACGGCGAGAACACGGUGCCGUUGCCUGGAAUCGAUGAGAUUCAAAUCUUUGCGGCUCAGCGGUACUCCUUCAUCCUUGACGCCAGCCAGCCUAUCGACAACUACUGGAUUCACGUCAUCCCGGAGCAGGUCGGUGGAAAUGGAUCCGUUCCUACUCCCCCCGGUCUGGCUGUCCUUCACUAUAUUGGAGCACCUGAAGUAGACCCUAAAGCCAACGCUACCGAAGUCCCGACGCCUGAGAACCCUCUUUUCGAGCCGAACUUGCACGCGCUUGACGGACCUGCGCCUGGCGACCUUGACCCGGACUGCGCGGAAUGCGAUCUCGUGCUCAACUUCUCAUUCACCGCGCCAAGGUUCUAUGUGAAUAACGUCACCUUCGUGAACCCGACUGUCCCCGUGCUGCUCCAGAUCCUUCACGGGAACUACACCGCUCAGGACCUCAUGCCGGAGGGAAGCGUCUACGUUCUGCCGCGCAACAAGACGAUCCAGAUUACUAUGCCCGGAGGCGUCUUGAACAUCACGCAUCCGCUUCACUUGCACGGCCAUUCGUUCUCCGUCAUCAGGAGCGCCGGAAGCAAUGUAACGAACUUGCAGAACCCUGUCCGUCGUGACACCGUCAGUAUCGGGUCGGCCGACACAGACGAGGUCACCAUCCGGUUCACGACCGAUAACCCCGGCCCCUGGUUCUUGCAUUGCCACAUCGAUUUCCACCUUGCGGCCGGCUUUGCAGUGGUCAUGGCUGAGGACCCUACGGACGUUGCGAGCUACGUGGCGCCUGUCCCUCGUAAGUUUGGCAGUUGCACCACUCUACAACCGUACUGA